AUGUCUUCACCCAACAAGCCCCUUACACCUCCCGUGUAUGCAACUAACGAUUGGAUCAUAAGCCGUGCACGGGCUCUCAUCAAUUAUGAUUCAUACGAUGAAAUCGAGCGUUGGCUUGAUAAUGAGGACGAUGAAGAUGAUGGGUGUGCAUUCCCAGAAUAUUCUGAAGAUGGUGAGAUUCGGGAAUAUGACCCUGAUAAUCGCGUUCUUACUCCUAUGAAUUUGGUUGAGAGGCUUGAAGCUGCCGCAACGAAGACGGAGAGAUACGAUGAUGACGAAGAGGAAGAGUGGGAUCUGAAGAAUAUUUAUUCUUCCUUGUCGUUAUCGUUCUCGCCUGGAGAUGGAUUUCCGCCAUCUCCAGGUGAUAUAUCGUCCCACCGAGACAGAGCAGUAGGUGAGACGGGGGUAACGUAUGCAAGCUUAGACGAGAUGCUACACAGGCCUUUCUUCUCCAUGUCUCUUGAGCCUGAUUUCUCCGCUGCUCCCGUUCAAACGGUCUCAACUCCAGCACAACUUCCUUCAAAUGAUUCUGCACCACAGUCUAUCGCCGUGCCUCCACCAGCAUACAUAGCCCCAGACCGGCACAGACGGAAACAGUAUGUCCGGCCUCGUUUGUAUAGUUACUCAGACAUGGAUAACAUGGAAAAGGGCCUCGGGAUCGAGCGUGGUUUGUCGCCGAUUCCAAGGGUACGGGGUCACUCUUCUUCUCGGAGUGGUUCACCUCCUUCCGCUUCCACUUCGAAAACGUCCACCGUUUCAUCCCCUCGUCUUCAUCAAGGUUCUGAUCUAGAUCCAUUUUCCAGUGAAAUCUCAGACAAUGUAGAUGACGUGAACACUACAGAUUCUGUCCUCUAA